GAUAUGACUGUAAAUAUUUAAUGCAUUAUUUUAAAAUUAGAUUGUUUAUAUGUAAAUACAAUAUUAAUAUACAAACAUAAUUUUUAUUAUUAUAUUUAUCAUAUAAUACAGUCAGAUUAUACUCUAAUAUCAUUGCAGUUUUAAAUGAAGAGUGAUAUUAAAGUCUCCCGGAAGUGGAAGAAGUCUCGCUCGUGCUGCAGCCUUGUGUUUCCUGUUUACGGGCGGGAAGAGUGAACCUGCGCUUCAGCCUGUCCUGCAUUACAGCUGAUUUUCGUCUCUUUAUUUUCCUGCACGCCUCUGGAUUGUUUUAGAGAUUUUUUUACUCCUUUUAUUAAUUCUCAUUUAGCGCUUGCUGCGGUCCGCCGCGUGUGUCUGGCUGAAGUGUAAAGCUCUGAUGGAGGAGUCUGUAGACUCCGGUGGUGCGGCAGCAGAGGGCCCCACGGUGCAGGUGACGGAGAUCCGCUGCCCUGCAGGAGCGCGUCCCCUGCGACUGCUCGAGUGGAAGGUGAAACCCGGAGCUUUGGUGAACGUUGACUCUGUCAUCGCAGUAUGUGCGCCGAUAACCGCCGAAAGCGAGUCGAGAGGACCCGAGAGGAAGCUGAAGUCGGACCGCGCUGGAGUUGUGCGGGAACUGUGCUGUCAACUCGGGCAAGUCAUCGUGCCCGGGGGUGUGAUCGCAAAAGUGGAAGAAUGCAGUCAUCCUGUUGUAAUGAAGGGCUUGUGUGCAGAAUGUGGCCAGGACUUAACUCAACUACAGAGCAAGAACGGAAAGCAGCAGGUUCCCUUCUCCACAGCGACCGUCUCCAUGGUGCACAGUGUUCCCGAGCUGAUGGUCAGCUCAGAGCAAGCGGAGCAGCUUGGCCGAGAGGACCAGCAAAGACUUCACAGGAACAGGAAGUUAGUGCUGAUGGUGGAUCUGGACCAAACGCUGAUCCACACCACUGAACAGCACUGCCAGCGCAUGUCCAACAAGGGAAUCUUUCAUUUCCAGCUAGGACGAGGGGAGCCUAUGCUUCAUACACGACUGCGACCUCACUGCAAAGACUUUCUAGAAAAGAUCGCCAAACUCUAUGAGCUGCACGUCUUCACCUUUGGCAGCCGGUUAUACGCUCACACCAUUGCAGGUUUUUUAGACCCUGAAAAGAAACUCUUCUCUCAUCGGAUCAUGUCUAGAGAUGAAUGCAUCGACCCCUUUUCUAAAACAGGCAACCUCAGAAAUUUGUUCCCCUGCGGAGACUCCAUGGUGUGCAUCAUAGACGAUAGAGAGGAUGUGUGGAAGUUCGCCCCUAACCUCAUCACAGUGAAGAAAUACGUCUACUUCCAGGGCACCGGUGACAUCAACGCCCCACCGGGCUCACGAGAGGCCCAGAUGGCCAGAAAAGGUAGCCAGGCUGGGCGACCUGCAGAGAACUUGGAAUCAUCAGGACAGGAAGAACAGAGAAACGGCCUCAGGAAAUCCAGCAAGGACAGAAAAACCGGGCAUGAGGAUUCGUCCUCUGCCACCACCACUCAGGGAGCUUUAGCCAAUGAGAGGACUCAGCCCACAGGGGAGAGUGAGAGCAGAGAUUUAAGUGACAAGAGUAAUGCAAAAAUGGAGGGCGAGGGCAGCUCAGGUGUCACAUGUACCUCAGGUGAGACUGACAUCCCAAAUGCUGCUCCUGAUGCCACUGCCAAUGAUCUGGAUUUUGACCUUUCGAGCGACAGCGAAAGUGAGGGUAAAAUGGGAUUAUCUGACAGUGAUGGCGAAGGACAGCCAGUGGAUGCUGGGAAACCCAAACAAACAAAAACAGAGGAGUGUAAAAGCAAAGAGGUUGAUGGGGAUGGGGACAUACAGAGGACAGAGGGUGAUGAUGUCCCAGAAACAAAUCCUGAAGGUCUCUCUGAUUUAGGCAACGGCUGUUCCGACAAGAAAGAAGUUGAAACAGAGUCUCAAAACAGCGAGCAGUCAGGUGUCACUAUGGGUGAGGAGUCAUUAGAUCAUAGUAUGGAGGAUGAGGAUGAUGAAGAAGAGGAAGACAUUGACCAGGACGACCACCUCAUUUACUUGGAGGAAGUUUUGGUUCGCAUCCACAGUGAGUAUUACUCACGCUAUGAGGCCUUCCUUAGGAAAGACCGUUCAGAGAGUCCGGACAUUCGAAAAAUUGUUCCAGAACUGAAGGGCCGCACGCUGGAGGGCACUACAAUUGUUUUCAGUGGCCUGUAUCCCACCAACUACCCAAUGGAGCGCACAAGAGAGUGGUAUCAUGCCAAGGCGCUGGGUGCCAAGCUUUGCAAGACCCUGGUGCUCAAUGCCAAAGACCCUAACCGCACCACCCACCUUAUUGCUGCACGUGCAGGUACAGAGAAAGUUCGUCAAGCUCAGGGCUUUAAACAUCUUUAUGUGGUGAAUCCUGAUUGGUUGUGGGGCUGCUUGGAGCGCUGGGAGCGAGUAGAGGAGCAACUCUUUCCUCUCAAAGAUGAAUAUAACAAAUCACACAGGAGCAACAGUCCUGCCGCAUUUCUAGAUAUCCAGGGGUCCGUCCCAAGGCCUCUCUUCCAGGCCCCUCCUGUUCAGCACAAGCCCCUUGCACCACCAGAAAUGCGGACCUAUGACCCCGUCACCGGCAAACUGAUCCGCCGGGGUCCCCAGGCCUCCCGUCCACCCUCUUAUCUUCAUUCGCAUGGAUCGUCCAUGUCGGCCAAGGAAGAUCUGUCCACACUCAGGUUAGCUCAGGGGUCUCAGCAGACGGUCGAGGCUGCAGGAUCGAGUCCUGACGAUGAGCAGCCUGGACCUUCACGCAGAAAACGACAGCCCAGCAUGUCUGAAACCAUGCCACUCUACACACUCUGCAAAGAAGAUCUGGACAGCAUGGACAAAGAGGUGGAUGACAUCCUCGGGGAAGAGAGUGACAAUGAAAGUGAUGGAAAAGGAAAAGAGGAGAGGAUGGAGGCAGAGGAGGAGGACGAGGAAGAAAGGCCCCACACGAGCAAGCAGAAAGCCCCAGCAUCAGAUCACGUCCCGUCACUGGCUGCAGUUGUUGAAGAAACCGCCCAAACGUCAACCAGAGAAGACGUCUGUGUAACAGGGAACACGUACAGGGGCCACAAAAGAAAACUGGAAGAGGCCAGAGAUGAUAAUGACAAUGAUGAUGAUGAUUGUGGAGGCUCCAGUAAAGACUCCAAUGAGGAUGAGGAGGGCAGCAGCUCAGAGGCUGAUGAGAUGGCCGCUGCGCUGGAGGCAGAGCUAAAUGAUUUCAUGUGAGCUGAUUGGACGAUGAUACUUAUGAACUUUUCUGUUCUCAUAAGGUCAAGACAAAACGUGUGUUCGUGUCGCUGUUAUACAGCGCAAGUAAGUAAGUGUGUGCGUGUGUGUGUGAAUAAAACAAAGGGGUUUACAAAGUAGAUAGAUAUGUACAGAUAGAGUUUUAGUAGGACAAGUUCAACACAAAGUCAUUUUAUUGUGAAUUUACAGUACGUAGCGGUGUGGGAAGUAGAGCUUCUGUGUCUGAUGUUUUACUUAUUUUGUUCCCGUUUCAAAACAAAUUUUUAUAUAAAUCUAAAUGAAAAUAAAUAUUUCAACUAAUUGGUGAUGAAUGCCAAAGAGUCUGAAGCGGGCCUGCAGCUGAGACCUCUGCUCAUGGACCCCUCAGAAGACAUUUGGAGGGGUUUGUGGUCCUCACCAGCAGUCAAACUCAGAUGUCUGUAUGUGUCCUGUGUUGUCUGUUUCCUUUUGUUUUGUGCGUCGUCCAGUGCCGUUAACGCCCCCGUGUGUGACUGACACUGUGCUGCACCAAUCCCAGAAUACCAGCACCUUUAGACACGCCCCAUAGCCACUAUUACCAAAAAACUCACAACUGCUAGACAAUGUGGAGAACUGGUGAGAAUGGGAAUUGUAAAAUGAGUUCAUCGCUAAUACAUUUGCAACAGAAAGUUUCCAUUUACGGUCUGUGAUUGGUUUGUUACAAUUGUUGCCAUACUAAAGAAAUAUAAUUUGGCAUCAUUUACUCACCGUUAUGUCGUUACAAGCCUGUGUUGUUUUAUUUUUUUCAAUAAACACAAAAUGAGAUGUCAGAAUGCCUGAGCAACUGUUUUUUUAAACAAUGAAAGUGGACGGAAAUAAUGGUUUAAUGUCACGAGGAAUGAGGAAAAUAGAGGAAAAUCAUUAUUUACUUCAAAUUUAAGGCUUUUGAUGCAGGUUUGACACCAUGGCUUAUGGUUGCAAGACACAAGACAUCAAUUAUAUGAACUCACCAUUUUUAUAGUCCUUUUUGUAGUCUUUCAGAGCUUUGUGGAGGGGAAUAUUAUCGGUUUGUUCCUCACACUAAGAUAUCAUAUGCAUUUGUUCUUUUUGGAGUUUGACAUCAUAAUUCACAAUCCACUUGUUAGUUGUUUUUUGUGUGUGUUUUUUUUUUUUUUUCACUUUUGUAAGAGCUGCUCGGACAUUCUGCAUCUUCAUGUUUCACAAAAGACAGAAAAUAACACUUUGGAACGGCAUGAGCGAUAGUAAAUGUUUGUGUGAACUGUUAAUGUAACUACCUAUAAAUUGAUACUUGUGAUCUUUUCUGGUCCUAUGACAUUGAAAUGCCACUUUUUACUCUGUGAUGAUGUCACAGCGUACAGAUAUCAUCAUCUUCAUUUGGCUUCAGGUGCUGAUAGUGAACACUGUGGCAGCGUUAAACCGGGUGUUUGGUUGGCUCUCGUGCCACCCUGAACCAUCACUGUACACACUGAUCAGAUCUGGACAUGUAGGUGUUAAGAAUACUCGUUUAAGACCAGUUUUUGUGUCCAUACUAAUCUGGUUAUAGGUGGAUUUCUUCUGCUGAGCUGCUUGAACGUCUAGAUGUCCAGAUCUAACUCAGUUUCAAAUGUUUCUCAGAGGUUUGUGCAGUUAUGGAACCUGUGUUGUUUCUGACAUGGAUUUUCUUUCAUUUUCAUCGUGUUGAUGUUGUUUUCAACAAUGUAAAGUAUUUGUACAUUCUAUUUCGUACUUGACAAAGAAAAUGCUUUUCAUUUAAUAAAGAUUUGUUUUAUAAA